AGAAAAGGUUCAAAUAUAAGUUCGUUCGAGACUGGUGCGGUCGGCGACAAUAGUACCCGGGACUCGCCACUGCGCCGCGGUAGUGUGACCACCCUGGAUGAAACACUGAGUAUCAAUGACGCAGGAGAAUGGACCAGAGUACAUUACGAGUACAAUAGCAUAGAGACUAAUAGCAAGGAGUUGUGGAUCGAUAGUGGUAUACCAAACGGGCUGAAAGUAUCGAUACUAAACUGGUGCUGCGAGACGUUGAAUCUGAACGAGCCUCUAGCGAACGAUCUAUUAGCUGAGCUAGUGACGAGUGAGAAACCUAUCACUCUGCCGGGUCUACUUACAUUGGUCGCAGACACGCUGCCUCGGGUGAUCCCGCACACGCUGGUGGGUCGGCGCGGCGAGUCGGCGGCGCUGCUGGCGGCGGUGGCGGCGCUGCUGCCGGCCGGGGACGCGCGCCGCCCGCGGGCGCUGCACGCACUGCUCACACUCGUCAAGAAACCCGACCGCGCCGACACACACACUAUUUGCGAAGCAACCUGUCUGAUAGUAAAAUGGGGAGGCAGCGGCGAGGUGCUAUCAUCUAUAGCUGAGCUUUUAGCCUCGAGGUCCAUAGAGCGACGUAUACUAGCCAGCCAGGUCUGCAUGGCCAUAGCUCCGUACGUUCCAAUAGAACUCUGUACAUCUCUACUCCUGAGCCUCGUGCUACUUAUGUGUGAGUCCAAUGAACUUGAGAUCAGGACACUAGGGCUCAAGUCAGCCUGCCUCAUCUGUCCCGUAGCCGAACACAAGUACAAUCAACUUGAAAGUUUGAUGUUCAAUUUUCUGAAGGAUCCGGUCGAAAAGUGUGUGAAGGACACUGUUAAUAUAUUCGUGCCUGUCCUCGCUAGGAGCGCUUUAAUGGCUGGUAAAUUCUCAACGGACUUAUGCAGCCGUAUCAUGUCGAAUUUAACUAAAGCAAGCAGUGAUAACGAGUGGAAGUCAGUUCUGUUAUACCUAGACGUGUUGAGGGUGAUAGUAUUAGCGAAACUGGCCUAUGUAGUCAAUGUACAAAUAGUAAGGGAAGUUACCCUAAACAACUGUGAUAUACAAAGUGUUAACUUGCAAGAAGUAUCUCUAGAACAAGAAUAUUUUAUGGAUCUACAAUGCUAUUUCUCUGAAACUGAGGACGCUAAGUUACUCUUGGUGGCAGCUAAUAAUUUAAUUAAGGAGAAACCCGAUGUUAGAUGGCCGGAGUUGAGUUGGUUUGUUAGCACAUUAAAAAAAAUACUAGACGUGGUAUCAAACACGAAAGUUUUGAACCACACAUCGAUAUACGAACUACUUAUAUCCUUGAUCAGUAGUUACGUGGACAAUUUCGGCGUACCAUUUACUCAGUAUAUAUUAAAACCUAUAUUCAACGAUGUAAUAUCAGAAUUGGAACAUAAGAUGGAAAAGCUACACCCUGUGAACGUGGACAGUACCGUGGCAGUCGGUGUGUACCUGGUCACCAUAUUGCCUGUACUCGAUGAUAGUGUGCAGCAUUCUGAGUUUUUGCAGAAAUGGAUAAUGUACAGCAGUUUACGCGGCCUUCCAGUGAAAAUAUUCUCUGUACCUUUGAAAUGGGUGGCGGAGCAUAAAGAAGAAUCGCUAGACUUCUAUUUACAGCAUCUCAGAGAAUUCGCGGCCAGCAGUUGUGAGAGUUCGAGCGGUAGUACGAUCCGCACGUACAUCGCGAGCCUCAUCACAGAACUACUCAACGCCACGGAGCUCGCAGAGAGGGCGCUGGAGAGACAAGUACUGCCGGCUGUCAUGGCGCUGCUACAUGAUGAAGACGUGUCGGUCCGUGAAGAAGCGAUAUCAGCAUGGGGUAGUGUGACGCGGACGUGUUUGAUCCGCGGGCUGGCGUGCGAGGCGGCGUGCUGGGCGCCCGCCCACGACGUGCUGGCGGCCGGCGGCCUGUCGCCGCGGGAGGCCGCGCGGACCGCCGACGCAUUGGCAUUGCUUGUACUGCCCACUGUUGACAACCAUGCUGUGUCUGAGAAAGGUUUGUGGCUUAUGUUCUGUUAUUUUUGAAACCGGGUUUCUGUAUCCUGUGCCUUUAGACAAACGCCACUUUAGCGCUUGUCUACAGAGAGAGUAGAAAACUAAAUGUAUGGGUAUGACACUGACAAGUGUAAAA